AUACAACAUUUACUAUCGACGAAUGUACACAACGACGCGAGACAACCAAAAUGACUGACGUCGAUCAUACCUAUUAUACAGUACCCUAAAGAUUUGAAAAGCCUUAUCAGUUCCUACUUAUCAGUAAUGGAAAUUGGAAUGCUUGAAUGUAAAACAUCAAAUUAUGAACUGCGGUUUCAAAACGUGAAGAUAUCUUGGAAUGAAACUAAGACGAAUAGACAGUUCGUGAACUCCACAACUUUAACAUCCUUAAAUGAGAAAAUCCAAAUGCGAAUGGAGCAGUAUGCUGAUAAACUUACUAAUGAAUUUCUCAUCUGGAAAAAUCAUUUUGAUAAAAUAAUCCGGUAUGUCUAUGUAGCCUUACUGAAAUACCACUGUGUUGACACUUUCUAUUAUUCAGAUGAUUUCAUAUAUGACUCGUAUGGAAGCGUCAACUACACUGAAAUGGCCAAGAAAAUGUUGACGUGCGAUGAAGUAGGAAAAGAACUGAGAUUCGGUUUCGCUUGUGAAUUUUGUUUCGAGCAUGAAAUCAAAGAGUUAUGGCCUUCAGUAGCAACGAAAUACCUGAUCAACUGUUUAGAUGAAAUAAUAUGGAAUUAUUCAUUGUUAUGGUAUUGGAUUGCUGUAUUAAGUAAUCAGCUUCAAAAAGUACCUGCUCAUUUUGGUAGCAUUCCUCAUGCAAUGUUUAUUAGAUUUUCACACACGAAAUCAGCGAAGGAGUUCUUCUGGAAACGUAUCACCGCAAUCGAUAAUAAGCAAGUCAACCAAGUGAAAAGCAUAGGUAAAUGCUUUCAAAAGUGUGAAAAUCCUGUCGUACCAGUAGUAUUGUUGAAGUACUGGCUACCGAGAAUGAGCGAUGAAUUCCUCAAGUGCCUUAUAUCGCUAUAUGGUACGCAUAUGAUAGCGUGCAUGUUGAGAACAUUUCUUUGUCGCGAAUUCAUUUUGCCUUUUUGGCAGCGGACGUGCAACAUGUACAGUAGCGAUCAAUUUGCUACAUUUUUUGUAGAAUUUAGUGACACAGAAGAUACACAUAUCAAAUUUUUAUGUGAACAAAUUUGGAAUAUCGCUUCGAUUGAAUUCAAAACUCAUGCUUCGAAUCGUAUUACAGCUAAAAUUGAAACUGAGCGAUUGGCCGAUAAACGAAAGAAUUUCAGGAAUUCUUUGCGAAUGAUUUAUUCUUUUAAAAUGUGGUAAACUAUAUUGAUGUACCUAGACCUACUGACUAAGAAGGGUAGGAAUACGUAUUUGUAAUUAUUUCCCAAACUUUGAUGUUUCAAGAAUGUCCGAAUUCUGUCAAUAUGUCUCAUUACCUAGUCAUUUUAGAAAAAUAAAAUACUGCGAUCGAUGAAA